AUGGAAGAUCUCGGUUUUUUUAAUGAGCGCGAGGCGGAAUGCUUCGAACGUGAAGACACGCUGUCCCAAUCGGAUCUCGAAAAACUCAAUGUAGACGAAAACAUGCCGGAGAUGGAGAGAGCUGAGAAGCUUCUCAAGAUGGGGUUAGACAAGCAGAAAAUUAGCAUCUUGAACUCGAUACCGAAGAUUUUGGCAAGCAACAACUCGAAGGCAAACCUCAGUCUUAUUCUGGAUUGCAUGAAGGGUGUGUGGCAAAAGUAUGAAUCGGAGAUUAAUGCGGACGCUGCAGUUCUUCUGGAGUUAUUCAACGGACUGGCGAGCUUAGCAUGCGCAACAGUCGAUGGAAAAGUACUGAGCUAUCCGACUGUCACAUUACACGAGGAAUAUGCUCAGCAACUUGAGACUUGCUGGACGGAGAAGAAGAAUGCGGUGUUUCUCCUUUCGGACGAACAGGUCACAAAGUUACUGGUUCCUUUUGCACUCGAUAUUAUCGCCGACAUCCAGCAAAAGGACUACGCUGAGGAAGCUAGCUCAGUCGUUGUUGCACUCCUUCCACGCAUUGGCACUGCACUGAAGAAGACACAGAUUCUUCGAGUGGCUAUAGAGAAGGGGGAUGUUUCUCAAACCCCUGGCUCGAGGCUUAUCUGUUGCCUCGUUCUAGGCGCCGUCACCGCUUUGAACCUCUUGUCUGCUCCAGAUAUCGAAGGGCUUUAUUUCCAAAAGAUGAUGUCGUUAUGCCAAGACACAGAUGCGGAAGUCCGCAGAUGUAUGUGCAUUCAACUAGACGGACUCGCCCGGGCAGUCGGAGAGGAACAUGCGUGUAAGGAGCUACUACCAGAGCUGUUGGAGCUGCUAAAUGAUGAAGAAGAACAGGUCAAGCAAACAGCCUUUCUCACGCUACUGUCAUUAUUUGACUUUUUUCCAGCUCGCGACCGCACCAAGCAGAUACUUCCCGAGUUUGUCGGGAUAGCUGAGUCACUUCCAGACUACCUCAUUCCAUCUCUAGCCGAGCAGUAUGGCCAGCUUGUCACAAAGCUAGCCACGCUUAAUCAUCUCGGAAACGACACGGGUCAAGUGCUUUUGCAAGGUUAUUCGAAGCUAUGUUCGCAUGAAGAACUGGAGAUACGACAAUACUGCGCAUAUAAUUUUCCUGCCCUCGUGAAAGCUUUUGGGUCUACGUAUAUAUCAACGUUAAUGGACGACUUGCUAACUAAGUUGGCAAGUGAUCCCAGUGAAGAGGUUCGGCAUCAUAUAGCUGCUGGAAUCCAUGAAGUUGCCACACUGUUAGGACAGCAACGAGCGAUGCGGUACCUCAAAGCUUUAGUACUGAAUUUGAUGAACGAUGAAUCACCGUUCGUUCAGGGAAUGGCAAUAUCUCGAGUGCCACAACUGCUAGCUGCUAUGCUCAACCCCAGCGACGAGGAUCAAAAGACUGCGAUCCUUGAUUCGAUAAUCAAGUCGGUUGUCGAAUACCAUGCUAUUUUACCACCAAGCCGUAAUCGAGACCAGCUCGUGCUUCUUGAAACAGUGCAUAGCUUUCCAUCGUGGUUUUCGUCGACACAAAUGUACGAAAUGGUGAUUCCGAUUAUAUUCGAUUGCAUCGAAGAUGGCGCUCGUCCAGUCCAGUUACUUGCUAUGCAAGUAGUGCUCAAGUGUAUUCGGUAUAAUGACACUGCCAACCAUCGAUACUCCCUACUCAGCAGGCUACGGACAGAAUAUGGUCACUCCAAAAGCUACUGGCGUCGAAUUCUCUAUCUCGACGCGUGCGUCUACGCGCUGACCGUGAAUAGUAGACUUUAUUGCCAACGCAAUUUUCUCGAGGUAGCUAUUGAUUUGCUUGACGAUCCCGUGCCCAAUGUUCGAUGGAAAGCAAUAUCUCUCGUGCCUCUUUGGAAAAACGCGCUUUGUUAUUUAUCAGACGAGAAGUGUCUAAACCGGAUCCGACAAUUCUUGGAUGAAUCAACUAUCGAUAGUGACCGAGAUGUCGCGAAUGCGCUUCAAGAGACUCGCCAAACUGUGGAAACCAGUAGUAUCGGACAGCAACGUCGACCCCAAGACGAUGCCGACGAUAAGCGAAAGUUGAGUGAAGAGGAAAACUUGGGGUUGACGACAGAUCAUGAGGAUUCCUCGGCAGACUCAAAGUGGUCAAGUAUGCUUGAGUACACUUUAGUUGUAGGGAAAGACGGCCAAGUGGUUCGACGAGCUCGAGUUAAGUCAUUCGACCUGGUGAACAAAAUCGUCCGAGUGCCUGGGAAAGACACUGGGCGUUCAGGUACAAUGAACAUGAGUGGCGGAUUGGGAGGCAUGUCCAGUGGAAGCAGCUCUAUGACCUUGGCGAUGGGAAUCGGAUCCAAGUCUGACUCGAGCAAAAUGAAGGCAACAGUCCCGAAAACGUCCAAUAAACCCGCACCACCUAUAACAACGCUUCCAAACUGUACAACAGCUCGACCUGGGCACGCAAAGAUGCCACAAGCAGUCAAGGCUGUCAAUUCGACGGGUAAAGUGAUAACAUCGGGGGGCAAGAACUCUGGACCCACCCGCUCGGGGACCGGUUUACCUAAGGACAGCGGUGUGAUCACUAAGAUCCCCAUAAUUAGGCCGUCGGCCCCUGUUAAACGUGAAACGAGUCCGUCAAGUGGAACGAAGCCCAGCAGUGCCACCUUGGUGUUGGCACCGGCACCAUCAAGCAGAUUAGGAACAAUAGACAACGGCGCUCUCAAACAGCAGAAAGCCCCUGGUAUACCAGGAACUCCUAAACGCUAG